UGUAGAUAUAGUUAAUUUGGAGAAUUGUUUGUUGCUCUGUUAAUAUUUUGUUAAAAAAUGCUAUAAAAAGUGUAAAAUAUUUAUUAAAACCUAACGAAAUGGCUACACAGAAACCAGGCGAAUGGGCCAAUUCAUUAUUGGCCCGUUUCGAAGAUCAGCUUCCUAAUAAAACAACCGGACCCCAUGGCACGCAGGCCAGAAUGAGCCAAGACCAAUUGGUGGGAUGUCUUAUACACAUUUCACGUUAUCGUUUUUCUCUAGUUAUAUCCGGUCUAACCAAAAUGCUACAACGAGUCAAUGAAGCGGCCAUUCAAACACGCCACGAAAGCGAUCGUUGUUACUUUGAGUCGUUGGUCAUUAUUUUAACCACCCUGGAACGCUGUCUCACAAAUCAAACCAAGGAUACGGCUCGUUUCGAAGAAGCCAUGAAUGUUAAACUUUUACUACGUGAAAUCACCCAAUUUAUUGAUGUCCAAAGUGAUAAUAAUCCCCAUGCCGCCCAAUUGAAAAUUUUAGCCUCAAAAGUUUUAUUCGCUCUCUCACAAAAUCAUUUUUCCGCUGUCUUUAAUCGUAUAUCGGCUAGGAUACAAGAGUUGGCCGCUUGUUCGGAUGAAAAUCCCGAUUAUUCGGAUAUCGAAUUGAUACAACACAUUGAUAUGGAUAUGAUAAAGCUGACGAAAUUGUUGCAGGAAACGAUAACGAAAUUUCGUUCGAAGAAGGCUCCACCUUUGAUUUUAUUAAACUCGAUAGAGAAGGCGAUAUGGAAUUGGAUAGAGUAUCAUCCGCAAGAGUUUCAGGAUUUGCAAAGAGGCAUGAAUCGUGACAUAUCAACCUGCUGGGAGCCUUUACUGGACUUUGUGGAGGCUUAUAAAGCCGAGAAUAAAAAGAGCAAAACUACUGUUUGGCCUUUGCAAAUGUUGCUGCUGAUAUUAAAUCCGGACUGUUUGGAAGCUACCGUAAACGAAAUACAUCAGGGCGAAAAGGAAAAAGACAAGGCCACCUCCAAAGCUCAAACACGUGACAAAGAUUUCUCUGCCAAACAAUUUAUAGAGAGCGUUAAGAGAGGCUUGGGGCCUCAUUCACCGUCAAAAAUUGUAACAGAAUCGGCGGCCAUAGCCUGUGUGAAAUUAUGCAAGGCAGCUACCUAUGUGAAUAUCAACGAUUCUAAUAAUGUGAUUUUUAAACUGGUCCAAUACAUAAUCAACGAUAUCAAAGCUUUACUCUUUAAUCCGAUUAAACCCUUCUCUCGGGGUCAGGGUUAUAAUUUUGCCGACAUAGAACUAAUGAUAGAUUGUUGGGUGUCAUGUUUUCGCAUUAAUCCCCAUAAUAUAGAGGCUUUAAAGGUGUGUUUGAAUCUAAAUUCACCACAAGCAUACCAUUUUGUUAUAGUGUGUUCCUUGUUAAGGCUGGCUCACAUUUAUGUAGAUUUUCGUUUGCAAAGUAAAAAUCCCUUUCGUAUUGUUAACCAGCCACGCUUGGCCUGGUGGCCCCAAACAGAUGUGGUACACUAUCGUUCGGCCGAUUUGAGGGCCUUAUUUACUGACACUUUAAAUAAAGCUACACAGGGUUAUAUAGCUCAUACCCCCUUAAGAAUGAUUACCUCGCUGACACUUAAAACCAAGGAUACCCAAAAAGGUUUAGCCAGAUCUGAGGAAGGCCCCGCCCACAAAAUGUUACUAUUGCUGUUGGUGCGUUUAAUACAUGCAGAUCCUACUUUAUUGCUAAAUACCCAGGGCAAAGUUGCCCAUGAGGUGCAGAGUUCCACAUUGGAGUUAAUCAAUGGUCUUGUUAGUUUGGUGCAUCAACCGUCCAUGCCGGAUGUGGCUCAAGAGGCUAUGGAGGCUUUAUUGGCUUUACAUGCCCCUGAAAAGAUAGAAGUUUGGAAUCCCGAGGCUCCCAUUAACACGUUUUGGGAUGUUAGCUCUCAGGUUUUGUUUUCGAUAUCGCAGAAAUUGAUACAACAUCAGAUAGCCAACUAUACUGAUGUUCUGAAGUGGCUAAGGGAGAUUUUGAUAUGUCGCAAUACUUUUCUGCAGCGUCAUAAGGACUAUGCUCAUGUGGGCAGUCAAAUAGCUAUUUGUAAACAGGCUCACAUUAAGCUGGAAGUGGUAUUCUUUAUGUAUCUGUGGUCUGUGGACUUGGAUGCCGUUCUGACCUCUUUGUCGUGUUUCGGUUUGUUGUGUGAGGAGGCUGAGAUAUGCUGUGGAUCGGAUGAAUUGACGGUAUCCAUGUUGGUGCCGAAUUAUAUGAUCUAUCAGGAACUAGCACAACUUUCGUCGGCUGCUACCGAUUCUCGGAUAUGUUUCUAUGACACCAGUCAUGGCAAUGUGCUGAAUCGUUUGCAUUUACAAAAACGCAUCAUGCAACUGUUACGCAAGAUCGAGCACUGUAUACAUGGUGUACAGCCAGCCUGGGAAGAAACAUUUAGAAAUUGGGAAAUUAUGAGUAAAAUGCUGCAAACAUAUCCCAAAUGCAAAACCGAAGAUGGCCAAGCAGAACUGUUUCACCGGGGCGUAGGCAAACGUCGAGCCAGUCAUCAAAGUUCUGAACAUGAUAUUGAGGAGCAAAUUACCGAAUGGGCCAAUAUGACUUGGUUCCUAUUGGCUUUGGGUGGUGUUUGUCUUAUUAAAAGGCGCCAGCAGAUAGUAGUAGCCGCCCAGGCUACUACUACCCACACCGCACACAGUUUAUCCAAUCAUGGACCAUUUCAUCAAUAUUCCCAAAGUUUUGGCUCGUUUCAACAGCCCUUACCGGCCGCCCAUGUACAUGCCUUAAAUCAGGGUUCUAUCAGUUCGUUGGCACAAAACUCUCUGCACUCGUUAUCGAGUUCUUCUAGUUCGGGCAGGGGUUCGUUAAAUUCGAAUUCGGUAUCAUUGACAGCUAUACCACAGGGACCACAACAGGAGGUGCAAUAUUGUCCAGUGACACAAUUUAUUGGCCAACUUUUAAGAUUACUUGUCUGCAGCAAUGAGAAAAUCGGCUUGAAUAUCCAGAAAAAUGUCAAAGAACUUGUGGGUGAGGAAAUGUCCACCUAUUUGUAUCCCAUACUCUUUGAUCAAAUACGUGCCAUAGUCGAGAAAUUCUUUGAUCAACAUGGCCAGGUUAAUGUCACUGACAUUAAUACGCAAUUUAUUGAACACAUUAUCUAUAUAAUGAAAUCGAUUUUGGAUCCCAAACCCAAUAAAGAUCCCAACAAUGAACAACCCUCAACAGCAGAGAAUUUGGGUGUGACUAGCAUUGAAGGUAUGAUGCUGGGCAUAGUGCGUUAUGUCAGGCAUUUGGAUAUGACUUUCUAUGCCAUUAGAAUUAAAACAAAAUUGUGCCAAUUGGUGGAGGUGAUGAUGAAGCGUAGAGAUGAUUUGGCCUUUAGACAAGAAAUGAAAUUUCGCAAUAAAUUGGUGGAGUAUUUAUCGGAUUGGGUAAUGGGUACUUCGCAUCAAAUAGCGCCGCCCAGUUCAACCGAUCCAACGAUGAUAACCAACACUUCGGUUAUAUUUAGAGACUUAGAUCAGGCUUGUAUGGAAGCUGUGGCUGCUUUACUAAGAGGCCUGCCUUUACAGCCGGAAGAAUCAGAUCGUGGCGAUUUAAUGGACGCCAAAAGCGCUCUAUUUCUCAAAUAUUUCACCUUGUUCAUGAAUCUUUUGAACGAUUGCAUAGAUAGUUCGGAAGCCGAAAAGGAACUGAACAACCCUCCCUUAUUGCCUCCCCGGCCACGUUUAGCUGCUGGCAAAUUAACCGCUCUGCGUAAUGCCACCAUACAGGCCAUGUCAAAUCUAUUGGGUGCCAAUAUUGAUUCAGGUCUUAUGCAUUCCAUUGACUUGGGCUACAAUCCCGAUCUACAGACUCGUGCCGCUUUCAUGGAAGUCUUAACUCAAAUUCUGCAACAGGGAACCGAAUUUGAUACUUUGGCUGAAACUGUUUUGGCGGAUCGUUUUGAGCAGUUGGUACAACUUGUCACCAUGAUCAGUGACAAGGGAGAAUUGCCCAUAGCUAUGGCUUUGGCCAAUGUAGUGACUACUUCGCAAAUGGAUGAAUUGGCCCGGGUGUUGGUGACACUGUUUGAUGCCAAACACUUGUUGUCUCCUUUGUUGUGGAAUAUGUUUUAUCGCGAGGUGGAGGUGUCCGAUUGUAUGCAAACACUAUUUCGUGGCAAUUCUUUGGGCAGUAAAAUCAUGGCUUUCUGUUUUAAAAUCUAUGGUUCGGCCUAUUUGCAAUUGUUGUUGGAGCCGCUGAUAAGACCUCUGUUGGAUAAUCCCAACACUUGUUUCGAAGUAGAUCCUGCCAGUUCUCAUUUCAGACUCGAUCCAGGCGACGAACUAGAUGUUAAUCGCCGUAAUCUGAUAGCUUUGACCAAAAAGGUUUUCGAUGCUAUAAUCAAUUCAGCAGAUCGUUUUCCACCGCAAUUGCGUUCCAUGUGCCACUGUUUGUAUCAGGUGUUGAGUAAACGUUUUCCAAAUUUAUUGCAAAAUAAUAUAGGAGCUGUGGGCACGGUAAUAUUUUUAAGAUUUAUAAAUCCCGCCAUAGUUUCCCCCCAAGAACUGGGCAUUGUUGGCAAACAAGUCCCAAGUUCGGUUAAGCGUGGCUUGAUGUUAAUGUCCAAGAUUUUACAAAAUAUCGCCAAUCAUGUAGAGUUCUCCAAGGAACAGCAUAUGUUGUGUUUCAAUGACUUUUUAAGGGAACAUUUCGAAGCUGGGCGCCGUUUCUUUAUACAAAUCGCUUCGGAUUGUGAGACUGUAGAUCAAACCUCGCAUAGCAUGAGUUUUAUAUCGGAUGCCAAUGUCUUGGCUUUGCAUCGUUUGUUGUGGACACACCAGGAAAAGAUUGGAGACUAUUUGUCGAGCAGCCGGGAUCACAAGGCGGUGGGCAGAAGACCUUUUGACAAAAUGGCCACCUUGUUGGCUUAUUUGGGACCACCAGAACACAAACCCGUGGAUUCUCACAUGAUGUUUUCCUCUUAUCCACGCUGGAGUUCCAUAGACAUGUCUUCGACAAAUUUUGAAGAAAUCAUGGUCAAACAUCAAAUGCACGAAAAGGAAGAGUUCAAGGCUUUGAAGGCCAUGAAUAUAUUCUAUCAAGCAGGCACCAGCAAAUCCGGACAUCCGGUGUUUUAUUAUAUUGCUAGACGAUACAAAAUUGGUGAAACUAAUGGCGAUUUGCUGAUCUAUCAUGUUAUCUUAACCCUAAAACCAUUUUGUCACUCCACCUUUGAGGUUGUUAUUGAUUUUACUCAUGUCAACUCGGACAAUAGAUUCCGCACAGAGUUCCUACAGAAAUGGUUUUAUGUUUUACCCGCCGUGGCCUAUGAAAAUGUGCAUGCUGUUUACAUAUACAAUUGUAAUUCUUGGGUUAGAGAAUAUACCAAGUUCCAUGAUCGCAUAUUGGCUCCUUUGAAGGGUAAUCGCAAAUUAAUGUUUUUGGAUUCACCCAAUAAAUUAAACGACUACAUCGAAUCGGAUCAACAAAAAUUGCCGGGAGCUACUCUAUCUUUGGACGAGGAUCUAAAGGUGUUUAGCAAUGCUUUGAAACUAAGCCAUAAGGACACCAAAGUAGCCAUUAAAGUAGGACCUACUGCUUUGCAAAUUACCUCUGCGGAAAAAACCAAAGUCUUGGCCCAUUCGGUGUUGCUAAACGAUGUCUAUUAUGCCUCGGAAAUAGAGGAAGUGUGUUUGGUAGAUGACAACCAAUUUACGCUAUCGAUAGCUAAUGAAAGUGGUCAAUUAAGUUUCAUACACAACGAUUGCGAUAAUAUUGUGCAAGCUAUUAUACAUAUCCGGAAUCGCUGGGAGUUAAGUCAGCCAGACUCGGUGACUGUGCAUCAGAAAAUCCGGCCCAAGGAUGUGCCGGGCACCUUAUUGAAUCAGGCUUUAUUAAAUUUGGGCUCUGCUGAUCCCAAUUUGCGCACGGCAGCCUAUAAUCUGCUGUGUGCUUUGACCGCCACGUUUGAUUUGAAAAUUGAGGGCCAGUUGUUGGAGACCCAGGGUUUGUGUAUACCCUCCAACAAUACCAUCUUCAUUAAAUCGGUGAGCGAAAAACUGGCCACCAAUGAGCCCCACUUGACCUUGGAAUUCUUAGAGGAAUGUAUACAGGGCUUCCAACGUAGUACCAUCGAAUUGAAACAUUUGUGCUUGGAGUACAUGACUCCUUGGCUAAAGAAUUUAGUGAAAUUCUGUAAAUCCAAUGAUGAUGCCAAAAAACUGAAAGUAUCUCAGAUACUCGAUAAACUUAUAUGUCUAACCAUCGAACAAAAAGAAAUGUAUCCCUCCGUUCAGGCUAAGAUUUGGGGUUCCGUGGGCCAAAUACCGGAACUUAUUGAUAUGGUAUUGGACAAUUUCCUGCAUAAAUCGAUAAUAUACGGCCUGGGCUCGCCGCAAGUAGAAAUAAUGGCUGACACAGCGGUGGCCUUGGCUUCGGCCAAUGUGCAAUUGGUCUCCAAAAAGGUUAUAACACGCAUGUGCCGUGUUAUGGACAAGACAUGCACCAAUCCUACACCCUUUCUGGAGCAACAUGUCAUGUGGGAUGAUAUAGCCAUCUUGGGACGCUAUUUGCUUAUGUUGUCCUUUAACAAUUGCCUAGAUGUGGCCACCCAUUUGCCGUAUCUCUUCCAUACCAUUACGUUCUUAGUGUGCUCUGGUUCUUUGUCCAUGCGCGCCUCAACUCAUGGUCUAGUCAUUAAUAUCAUACACUCCUUAUGUACCUGUACGAAACCCAUAUUCUCCGAAGAAGCUCAAAGAGUGUUACGUCUGUCUUUGGAUGAAUUCUCCCUGCCCAAAUUUUAUUUACUGUUUGGCAUCAGUAAGGUGAAGUCAGCGGCUGUAACCGCUUUCCGGUCCAGUUGCCGCCAUCCCCCCGACAAGUGGCUGGGAAAUGAAAGAGUAUCUCAGCCAUUGCCCGCCGAUAGAGAGCGUUUAUCGCUGCCUUCUUUGGAAGUUAUAACUGAUGCUCUUUUGGAAAUAAUGGAGUCCUGCAUGCGUGAUGUACCCGAUUGCCAGUGGCUGCAGACCUGGAAUUCUUUGGCCCGUAGUUUUGCUUUCUGCUAUAAUCCUGCUCUACAGCCGAGGGCUUUAAUAGUGUUUGGCUGCAUUAGCAAGAGUGUUACGGAUCAGGAGGUUAAGCAGCUGUUAAGGAUUUUGGUGAAGGCGGUAGAGUCUUUCAAUGAUAUCACUCUUAUUGAGGCAAUUGUCAUGUGUUUGACACGCAUUCAACCGCUGUUGAGACCGGAAUCUCCCAUACAUCGUAAUCUCUUUUGGGUGGCCAUUUCCGUGUUGCAAUUAGAUGAGGGCAACUUAUAUGGUGCCGGUUUGGCUUUGUUGGAACAAAAUCUACAUACCCUAAAAUCCCAGGGUUGCUUUGACAGUGCCAACAUUGCUGAGGUCAUGAUGUGUACACGCGAGAAACUGGAAUGGCAUUUUAAACAAUUAGAUCAUGCGGUGGGUCUCUCAUUUCGCAGUAAUUUCCAUUUUGCUCUAGUGGGGCAUUUAAUAAAGGGAUUUAGACAUUCUACACCGACCACCGUAUCACGCACUUCCCGCAUCCUGACCAUGUUAUUGGGCAUUAUAGCCAAACCUUUGAGACGAGAUAAAUUUGAGGUGACACCCGAUAGUGUGGCCUAUUUAACCGCUCUGGUGGCGGUUUCAGAAGAAGUAAGAUCACGUUGCCAUGUCAAACAUGCCUUGCCCAGAUGGCCAGUGGAAUUGAAUACCACCUUAGAGAAUGGUGAGGCAGCAGCUAAUGGCACACAUAAUCAAUUUGGCAUGGCUUUAUCACGCCGUCAAAAAUCUUGGGAUAUUUUAGAUCAAUCCGCUUUGAAUUUCGCGCGUCAUCAUAAAGUACCUGUACAACCGGAACGCGGCUCACGUACCUCUGUAUCCAAUGAAUCGAAUGUUCUAUUGGAUCCUGAAGUUUUACCUGAUUUGUCAAUACAGGCUUUGGUUUUAACCGUAUUGGCAACAUUAGUAAAAUAUACCUCCGAUGAAAAUGAAACACGAGUGUUGUAUCAAUAUUUGGCCGAAGGAUCAGUGGUGUUUCCCAAGGUUUUUCCAGUAAUCCACUCUUUAUUGGAUCAAAAGAUUAACAAUAUACUCUCCGUGUCUCACGAUCAAGUUGUUUUGAAUUCAGUACAAAAUAUUAUCCAAAAUAUGUUGGCCAGUGAAGAUCCCUCACAGCAGCAAUUGCAUUUCCUACAAAGUUGUGGUUUUGGUGGUUUGUGGCGUUUUGCCGGGCCCUUUACCAAAUACAAUGUCAUGGGCGAGUCAUCCGAACUAUUUGUCAACUGUCUGGAGGCCAUGGUAGAGACUUGUCUGCCCGGCGACGAACAACAGGCGCCCAUUGUACCCUUGGUGCGACCCUACAAUUUAAGUUCCAGCUUGAGUAGUUUGACGCUGGGUUCUCCCACGGAUAAAGCCGCAUGAAUAACAAUCAAUCCACGCACUAGACGUACUACUACUAUGUUUUCCAAUUUUUUGAGAUUUUUUAAUUUAUUCAAAAAGUGUUUUUAAAUAAUUGAAUUUUUGAAAAUUUAAGAGAAAAAAUUUGCAUAAAACAACGAACAAUUAUUGUAAUUUAAAUACAUACGUCAAAAUGCGUUGGAUGGGAAUUGAAAUGUAAAAUUAAAACGAAAUCAAACAACCAAAUGGAAUUGCGCUAGAAGGCUCUACUUACUAACUUCCUCUUGAGAUUUUGGAAAUUCUACAAGGAAUUUUUUAAUUAUAAAUAUAAAGAAUUUAGUUUAUUCCUAAUUAUAAGUAUGUAUGUAUAUAAUUAAGAAUACCUUGUUAGAGUGUCAACAAGUUCCUAAAUCUGAACAGAUUAUGGCCUCUUUUAACAUAAGUGCUGGUUCACACAUGUCAAAUUUAAUUGAGCCAGAUUUGUGUUUCUACAAUAGAGAGAGGAAGAAAAAGAGAUAAAUCUUUCAAAAUCGUCACUCUCUCUCUCUCUCUUCUAUAAACUCAAGACUUGCUCAAGUAAACUUGACUAGUGUGAACCAGUUCAAAGAUUUUACUCUCCGGGGAACUUAGUGUUAAAAUAGAGAGUGAAUUUAUGAAAGCAUCAGUGUGUGUCAUAAAUAAAGCAACACUAACUUGGACCAAAUUAAAAAAAAAGUUUUAUAACAAAAAAAAAACAUACAAACAUAUAACGUUUUAUUUAAGAUAUGCUAAAUAGUUAAAUUAUUGUUAAAUCAUUUAUAAGUAGUUAAAGAAAAAUCUUCCAAUUUCAUUUUUAUAUUCAAUGACUUACUUAUUUAUUGUGUUUAAAUCUAAAUGUGUUAAAAUUAGUAAAAUUUGUACCGUGUUAAUUUAAAAAAAUAAAUUAACUAGAUUUACUUAGUGACGUUUAUUGCUCGUCUAAAAACUGUAGUUAAAGUGUUAAAAGAAAAUGGUUAGUCUUUAAUUUAUGUCAUGCACUGUAUGUUUAUAUGAGUACAAUAAAAAGUUUUAGAAGAUUUUUAAAUAUAUUUAAAGUCCAGUAUGCAGAAACCAUUUUUGAGAUACUUUUAGAGACCUACGAACCUCAUACAUAUCUGUGUAAAACAGCGUCCAAACUACACAAUAUAAAUUAAUAAGAUUUAUCCCAAUUGUUAAUCAUAACCCUAAACAUUUGGUAUUGAAAAUCAUCCAAGAGUGCUAUAUUCGACUGUGCCGAAUCUUAUAUACAUUUCACCAUAUUAUACUUUAAGACAAAAACUAUUGGGAUGUAACUUCCCAAUAGUUUUGAGGACAAGAACGAAUCAAUCCAAUUUAGGAUACUCUGUUCUGAGGUGAGGCGUAUCACAGAAAGAACGUUCUACAUCGAUCGAAACAAAUAGUAGUCGGACGGAGUAAAGUCUGGACUAUAAGGCGGGUGAGGCAAAACUUCCCAAACACUUCAUUAUAAAUACUUGUUAACAGGUAUUGCAUAAUGUGGCCGAGCGUUGUCAUGAUGGACUAUCACGGUUUCAUCAGUUCGGUACAGAUUUCAGCAGCUCAUAAUAGAUAGGACCCUUUAGGUUCCAUCAAAUACAGAACAUUAAAUUAGCGUCAUGGAUAUUUGACUUUGGUAUCGAUUCGGUUCGGCUUCACAUACGAUCUCUUACGCUUCGGGUUAUUGUAAUGAAACAAUUUUUCAUCGCAAGUAAUGAUUCGGUGCAAAACUGAUUGCAAAAUCGUCUUUCAGGGACUCUCGGCUUCAAUUCAUAUGGUGCCCAAUUUCCCAGCUUUUUGAUGAAUCCUGCUGCUCCCAAAGUUUUGAAAUUGCUGUUUGAGUAGCUAGAUUUUGCAAGCUCUUGUUGAGUUUGAUAACAAACUUCAUGGCCUGGACGAUCUUUGUCUUCCGUGUCAAAAUCACCACUUCCGAGAAAGCCAUCUCUCGCACGUUCAAACCGAUGGAACACAUUCACCAUAAGCUUUAGUGAGCAAUCGAUUUGAUUCAGCAUUUAGCUGUUAAAGAAGUAAAGCAAAACUUCCUGUUUAUGAUGCCUUGUUGGGACAAAAUUCGACAUUUUCGAAGAAAAAAAUACUUUGUUGUUUACUCUGCACAGUGGGGCAGAAUCCAAAUUUUUUGGAAAUAAAUCUGGCGUUUCUAAACGGCCUGUCCGAUUGGGAUAAAAUUCGACGUGGGCCUAGCCAAGGAUUAUUCGAGUUUAAGUUAUUAAAAUGGACCCAAUAUAAUUGGUAAUUUAGUUGUCCAACUAACAAAGAAAUUUAAGUCCAUUCGGUUCAAAAGCGGACAAAGGUUUGGAAAAUUUUUAAAAUUUAAAUUUUGAAAUGCCUAUAACUCGGAAAUUAUAAAAGAUAAAUUGCGCAGCCGAGCGCUUUCCAAAAAUAUAAAAAUCUUUGAAAUCGGUUGGAAAACAAAAAUUGCACGUGUUUAAAUAUUUUACACGUCGAAGGUACUCUACUUCUAGCCCCCAUAGCGUCGCCGCUGGAGCAUUUGUAGGAUACAUUUUAAUAACUUAAACUCGAAUACUCCUUUGUGGCAGUCAAAUCUCUUUCCACCGAGAAAUUUUCCAAUUUCUCCUCAAACCAAGAGGUAGUCUGCUAUCAAUGGCCGUCAAACACAAACUAAAUGACGCAGCUUGUUCAAAUUUUGACAAAUGUCAACUAACAUAUGCUUGUUGACAGGGACAGUUGGGGUUUUCGGAAAGUUCCUUUCAAGAGAUAGACGGACAUUCGCUAUCUAUAACGAUCCGGAAUAAAAAUACAUUAUGGGGUCGCAAAUGAAAAAUUUACUUAUGGUGAAGGUUAUAAAAAGUAAUGGACCAAAAUAAAAGAAAUUCAAGAAAUUUUAAAUAAUUUAAUUACCACAUAAUUCUGUUCUCAGCUUAUUUUAAAAAAAAAUCCCCUAAAUACUUCACAGCAUUACAAUGUUACACAGGCAUACUGGACAAAUUUAUCUGAAGAGGCUUUUGAACAGCUUAGGCUAAAAAUCACUCUCUAUUUUUAAUGAUAGCAGGCCGAUACUCCAAAAUAUACUUAAAGUGAUAAUUUUGUUUUAUUAUACAUAUAUUAUAUCUACUAACAAAAAUUAAUUAACUAAUUGUAGAUAAACAUACAUUUAUUUUUUAUUAAUAAUGAGGCACAAAUUAAACAAACCGACAACGUAAUAAUUGUCGCAACGUACAAAAUAAUAAAGAAAAUUAUUAAUACUUAAAUAAAAAGCACAACCUUAAUAUGAAUUAAAAUUCAAAAAAAAAAACUGAUUUGAUAGAAAUUUUAUAGAACAAAAACUGAAAUUGUAGAAAUCCACAUUUUUAUUAUUAAAAUGCACUCAGACAUGAAGGAUUGUCAUGGAAAGAAAAUUGGAAAAAAGCGAUACAGAAGAACUAUAAUGUUUUUAAAUUUAUGCGAUUACAUUAAAUUUGUUCGCAAACGAAUUAAAAGAGAGCAAAUAUAUACAGUUAAUUGUAAAGUAUGGACAAAUUUGCACUAACAAAUCGCUGCCAAAAUAAUGAACAUUUUUUGAAACGAAUAAAUUUGUAAUUCAAUCAUUUGUCUCUAACAAAGGUUCGAAAGAAUUAAUUCGAUUCAUAAGUAUUAGUACUUCAAAUGUUUUUAAUUCAUUCCUUUUAGAUUGCAUUCUUUAAAGAAUGAAUUCCGUAUUGAAUUAUUCAAAGUGUCUUAAUUCAAAUCAUUAUAAAAUAGCUUACAAAUAUUUAUUGAAACAUUCAAUUUGUUUUCAAUUACAAUCAAUUAAAAAUAGGCUUUUGAAAAAGUUCGAACUUUAUUUUGUAACUGACUAAAAACCAAACAAAAAUCAAUUGAAUGAAGAAAAUAUAUUUUCAUUAAAUUUGGAUUAGAUUUGAAUUAAGAAAAAUGUAUUCAUAGGUUGAAUGAAUAUUUUCAUGAAUUAAUUUAACAAUGAAUAAAUUCUAUUUAAACAAAAGCCUUUAAAUAAAACAAGUAAGAGAGCUAUAUUCGGCUGUGCCGAAUCGUAUAUACCCUUCACCAAAUUAUACUUCAAAAUAAAAAUUUUAAAUAUUUUUAGGUAAACAAAAUUUAUUUUUUUUCCAAAGUUGUUUCUUUAAUUUUUUGGAAAAAAAAUGUUUCGAAUUGUUUUUUUUUUUUAAUAUUUAGCGAAAAAAAAACUUGGCGGAAAUAAAAAAUUCGGGUUAAAAAAUAUUUUUUGACCCAUUGUAGGUCCAACUUACUAUGGUCUUAUAUACGUCGUUGCAAAGGUCUUUGAAAUAUCUAUCAUUAGAUAUCCAUAUUGUCUAUAUUAAUGACUUAGUAACCCAGAUAUAGGUCAAAAAUCGAGGUUGUCUUUGUUUUUUCUUUAUAUCUCAGCCAUUUGUGGACCGAUUUUCUCGAUUUUAAAUAGCAGCCGAUCCGGAAGAAUUCCGGACAUAUUCAGCCCAAUUAUGAAUAAAAACUCUCCGGGAAUUUUUUUCCUUUUCUCCGUUUUCCUUUUUAAAUUUAAUGGGAAAAAAUUCCCAGGGAACAAACUCGUGUAUGUAAGUUAUUUGGGGGCUUUGGAAAGUUGAUUUCAACAGACAGACAGGCGGACAUGGCUUAAUCGACUCCGCUAUCUAUAAGGAUCCAGAAUAUAUAUACUUUAUAGGGUCGGAGAAUUAUAUUGUGGAAAUUACAAACGGAAUGACAAACUUAUAUGUUAUAGCCUUCUCACGAAGGUGAAUUAGUUUUUUGUAAUGGUUUUAAUAAAUGAAUUAUCGAUAAUUUCAAUUCUACAUUUAGGAUAGUAAUAAACAAUUUCAUGAAAGCUGCGAUUUGAAUUCUGCAGAUUUCGAAAAAGCCACGAUUUUUGGCAAUAAUUUGGUAUACCUGCGGAUUCGGCAGUGACGAAUCUUAUAUACCCUUCACCAAAUUAUACUAUAAAAUAAAUUUUUUAAAAUUUUUAUGUAAACAAAAAUUAAAAAAAAAAUUUUUGAAAAAAAAAUUUAAAAUAUUAAUUUCAAAAUUUGAAAAUUUGUUUUUUAAAUUUUUUGUGAUAAAAAGAAAAAUUAAAGCGUUUAAAACUAUAAAAAAAGAAUAAGAACUUUUAUAGAUUUCUCCGCCAUGUAGAGCAAAGACAUGGUUGCGACAACUAUGUAGUCAUUAAUGUUUAUAGCUAAUGAAUUUAUGGUUAAAUACAUUUUAUGUCUAUAAUAAUAACAUGUUCUCUAUAGCAAUGCAAUGAUAAGAAAUACUGUAUAAUAUGUUCCUGUAGCUACAAACAUAAAUCAUCACCUAAUAGGUAUAAAAAUACUAAUAAGAUUGAGCUGGAAUCAUAUUAUGGUUGGGAUCAACCAUAGCAUGGUUGAUCUCAAACAUAAUAUGAUUGUGUACAACCAUAAUAUGAUUGUGUACAACCUAAUAUGAUUGUGUACAAACAUCAUGUUUUUACAUGAACAUUUUUGGUUGAGGUGGGACAUAAUAAAAUUAUGCUUGUGUUCUAUUAUAAUAUGAUGGUUGAACCAUAAUAUGAUUAAUAAUGGAUUAAAUUAUUGUUAAAGCUACGUUUCCGCAUACAUUGUAAUCGGCACUGAAGAAAGGUUAGUUUCAGAAAUCGGCAACGAAAAUUGGGAACGAAACGGCACCGAUUAGUAACGAAAAACCUGUCAUUUGGGGCCGGAACGAAAACAACUUCAAGUAGGUUGUUUUCGGUGCUGUAGGAACGAAAUUAUUUUAAUUAUUUUUUUAUUUCAAAUUUAAAGAAAAUCAAAAUGAAUAAAAAAAUAAAUUUUCUUUAUUGGAAGAGGAAAAAAUAAUAGAUUUUGUCAAAAAUAUUGAAAUUUUAUUUGAUGUGCGACAUCCAAAAUUAAAAAAUAAUUUCGUUUCUGUUUUAUGCCGCAGCGCACCCAACUGAAACGAAAACAAUUCAGAAACUAGACGGUGAUGAACACCAACGUUUUUCAGUUUUCGUUAUCGGCGGCUAUUACGGUGUAUGCGGAAACCCAGCUUAAGUCGGACCAUAUGAUAUUUUAUAAUGCUACACAUUAGUAAUAUUAUGAUCAUAUACUUAUGAACAACAAUAUAAUUUGACAGCAACCAUAAAAUCCAUUCAUAAUAUGACGCUAUUAGAUUAUGGUCACCACAACCUUGGCUUUUUUUUGGCGUGUAGCUCAGACAGAUAUAGAUGAGAUAUUUUCACCAUAUUUACAUUAUGAAUAUAAAAUUUAUGAAAUAAAUAAAGUCAAGUUUUUAGGGAGUUAACAGACAGUUUAAAUAAAUUUAGGCGAUUGUCAUUUAUACAUAGAGCGGAAACUAGAAAAAACGCAUACGAGUGUUGGUUUUGUUUACUAAUACAUACAUUCUCACCACUUAGGUUUUUUUUACAACUGAGUUAGGUCUUUGACAAGAGAGUUUCCGAUCUAUGUAUAUUUAUAUAUGCUUUUGUAGUUACACAUUUUUCUUUCUAUACUUUAUUCUAGGACAAUUUCCUCUCUGAUUACCAUUCCUUAGUCUGAGUGUGUUACAAAUAAAUACCCUAAUAUAUGCAAUACACAAAUUCUAAAUAUCAUACCUACGAAAAGUAUGUAAAACUACAUCUCACCUGCCGUUAUUAUUUUUAUUAAUUUUAAUAUUUUUACAUAUACAAAAAUAUUCAUUAUUUAAAUAUUUUAAUAGCAGCAUUAAAAAGAAAACAAAAAUAUUUAAGAAAACAGAAAUAGUUACUAAUUCUACAUAUAAAUCAAUGGUAUUGUAUGUUUGUAUAUUUUUUUAGUCAAAUGUGUGAAUAAAUCUUUAAAAAAAAAUAGUAAAAAUAUAUUUAAAGCAAACAAAUAAAACUAAAAAAAACUAAUAUAUUUUUUGAUUAUUAAAUUAAACAAAAAACCAACAAAGAAACGAAUUCAUUAUUAAAUGAUGUACUAUAUUUACUAUUUAUUAAUAAAACAAAAACAAACAAACAUAUUUAAAACGAAAACAACCCCCAAAUAAAAUUAAUCAAAAACAUAAAAUUUAACGAGAAAUUAAUAAAAUUUAAAAAAAAAACAAACUAUUGUAUCUGAGUGUAUGUGUCUGUAUGUAACGAUAACUAAAUGUUUUACAGCUGAUUUAUGUUAAUUUUAUGAAAAAAAAACUAUGUAUAAUUUAUUUGUUAAAACAAACUAAAAAACAAAACGAAAAUAAAACAAUUACACAAACAUUUUAGUAAAAAUUUAAAUAAAACGUGAAUAAAACUAA